UGGAGGCCUUGCAUUGGGCCGAUCACUUGUCCAAGGUGUCCUACCGUAUGACAAAACAGAUUCAUAAUUUAAGGAGUAAUUCUGAAUUGGAACAGGUCAGAAGAUCUACUCUAUAAAAGCCAUUAUCAUCCUACCAUGAAGAAAGCUGAGUUCUCAUCAUACGAACCCCCACACAGUACUGGAUUCCUUCACCGUUACAGAGGUCCAAGUCAGUUUAUAAAACUGGUAGGAGUGCAUGUCCCAGCACAGGAAGUAAUAAACAGAGACGUUUUACUCAAAUGCAAUUUUGAGCUCCAUCCUCCAGCUAUUUUGUAUUCCGUCAAGUGGUACAAAGAUGGAUCAGAGUUCUAUCGCUACCUUCCUGGGGAAACUCCACCUGCACAGGCUUUUCCCCUGCCUGGAGUUACUGUUAAUUUGUCGCAUUCAGAUGUCCACGAGGUCCUGCUUCAGUCUGUGCAGAUGGUCAGCUCUGGAAUGUACUUGUGUGAAAUUUCAACAGAGGCACCUUUUUUCUACACUGUAUCCAGUCAUGGAGCCCUGACAGUCAUUGCUACCGGACUUACAGGCGAGCCAAACAUCAGGGGACUGAGAGGAUUAUACAUGGAGGGUGAUAUGGUGGAAGCUAACUGUACAUCACCUCCUUCAAACCCAGUAACAAAUAUUACUUGGUACAUGAAUGACAAACAG